AUGAAGGACUACGAAGUCCUUCGCGACGAGAAGGCCGAGUUCACAGAACCUUGCUUCGACCUCGGCCUCGCGUACGAGCUCGAUCGUCUGGGAAAAGGCGACAGGAUGAUCCUGAUCCGCGGUGCGAGUCUUCGCGCUGCCAGGACGGCGUCGAAGGCGGACUAUCUGAUUUUCGGGUCGGCCUUCGGCUUCGAAGCCCUCGCCAUGCCCCUGUGCACCGGUGGCGGACCUCUUCCCGGCAGGCACUGCAGCGUCCUGCUUGUUGUGCGCCCUGGCGACCUGCUUUUUCCCGACGAGGAGGAGAUCGGGACGCUCUACCGCCACCUCGACCCCAAAACCUCCUCCAAGCGGCACGAGGAGGAGGCGGCCAACGUUUUGAGUUUCCAACGUCCAUGUCGCCUUGUCGCCUGGGCUAUCGUCGUCCAGGCGACGACUCACCCUUUUCGUCGGCGCCAUGUGCUUCGGAUGUUGAUGCAGAAAUUGCCCGACAUCCUCAAGGAGGAGGUCGCCGGCGCGGGGCUGUUGGCGGUCAACGCGUUCGCGUGGUCGUUGGAGCAUCUGGACGAUGUGCAUCGCAGCUACGAUCCGCUCAUCGUCGAGAACCCGAAGAUGGUCGGCUUGAAGGCGCUCCGACUAGAGCUGCUGCACCACGCGGAGAAGGCCGCGUCGAACAAAGGGGAGGCGGCGUCGACCGUGGGCCGUGGCGUCGGAACCGGCAUCGCUCUGGGUGGAGAGGAGGAGCACGAGAGGGAGGACGUCGAGGGGGGCGGGGAGCACGACGGUGGCUCGGAAGAAGAGGAGGACGUGGAGCGUGAGGAGGACGACGUGGCUGUCACCGGCGAAGAGGAGGCAGUACAGUUCGGCGGUGAGAAGGUUGCGGAUAAGAGCGGCGGCAGCGGACCCAAGUUGGGCAAGAAGGCCCGGGGCAGCAGUGGCUCGACCCCGACUACGAUGGCGUCAAAGGCGGCUAUCGAGCGUCUGAAGGCGGCGGAGAGGGAGAUCAAGAAGCUGAGGGAGGAGAAGCUGGUGGCGGAAAAGAGGCUGGAGUUUCAGACGGCCCGGAACGACACGAUGUACGGCGUGGUCACCUCGGCCGUGAACAAGCUCACUACAGUCGCCGAGGGCGUGACCCAUCUCGAGCAGACGUCCGGGAGGAGCAUCCAAACGGCGGUGGACGCUAUGAGGGCGGUCGUGCAGGAGGCGGUGAGCUAUCGCGGCUCCACCCUAGAGUUCAUGAACACGCAGUGGCUGCCCACCGUGCAGGCCCUGCACUUGACGGCUACUGCUGCACAGGGUAGGCGACGGGAGGACGACCUCCUGCUGCUUCGAGGUGUGGCAGAUGCUCUUGGCCAGAAGAUCAAAACAGUCGUGUCUGCCGAGGUGAAGGCCGCCAUGGAGGGCGAGGCGCAGCGGAUCGCCGCUGCCGUGACUGCGAAGGUCGUCCAAGAGCUUAGGGACAACCUGGUGAAGGCGGUCACCUCCGCGACCCAACAGGGCAUUGGCACCGUCGGGUUUAGCCUCCUCCCAACUGCUCUCGCGUCGGUGAUGCACGGCGGUCGCGCAACCGCCGAGGAGAGUGGGCCGGCCCCAAGGCAGUCGGGGAAAAGGGUCGCCGACGAAAAAUCCCUGACCGGCGACCAGACCAGCGGCUCUAAGCGAAGCAGAGGACCUGCGGUGAAACGCGGUGUGGGCGUGGAUCCUCCUGCCCCUCCGUAUGUUCGUAUCCCCGGCGUCCACGACUUGCUGAAAGAUGGACUUGGCGCGCGACCGAGCGCGGUCGACCAAGGAGCAGAGGCAGCGAACGUCGCGGCGGCGACUGCAGGGCCGAGUGGCUCAACGGUGGAGGCGGCUGUGUGGAGAGCGGCGGAAGAGGCCGGCGGGGUGGACGAAGAGAUCCUCGCCAGCAUCGUGAUGCCGGACCCGGAAAUUGAGGUCAUGCGGGAAAAACUACAAGCACCAGCUCCCACCGUGGGAGCGCAACAGGGUGCACCAGCCGCCUCGACUGCUCCUGCGGAGGACCAUAGCGCGGCUGGCGCCAAAUCCCCCCCGGCCACAACCGGUGAGGUCAGCAAUGGGAAGCAGAAGCGCAAGGGCAAGGACAAGGCGAAGGGCGGCCCGACGAAGGUCGGCUCUUCCAAGGGGACGUCCAAAGCGGCCGCGCAGGGUCGGAAGGGUUCAGGCGUCCGCGUUGACCCUCCAAAUGGGCUGGCCGUCUUGGAGAUGAAGUUUGGGAAGAAGAGCCGUUACAUCUGCCAGUCGAUGGACAAGUCCGAGGCCGCCUACUGCAUCGCUGUCGCCGUUUCGUCGUUCGACGGCUUCGUCAGCGACGUGGUUCUCGAGGAGUUCGGUGGGGUCAAGGAGGAAGUGAUGGCGCAGUAUAAGGCGGACUGGAAUGUGGCGCGAUUGAUUCCGGGGGGCAUGUGGAUGGUCAUGUGGAGCCGAGGGGCGAACGUCUUCCGCGACAGGAUAACCGGAGCCGACCGCGCAGCUCUCAUGUUGGCUCUUCGCCCGGCGGUGUGGUUCGGCGACCUUCCGGAGUCGACCGAGCCCGAGAAGGCCGCGAAGAAGAAGGUGGCGAGCGACAUGAUCGCACGCGUUUCGAUGUGUGCCGCCUUUGCACCGGUGGCCGCGAAAGUGACGCCCAUUUCGGGCGUCGGGUCGGAGCGGUUGUCCGAGAUCCUCGCCGGUACUGCGGCCGCGGUGUGGUGUUUUUCGGAGACCAAUGCCACGGCGGAAGUAGCGGCCGGCGAAGGGGGGGCGGCAGCGACCAUGCGCGGAGCGUCCAACGAGUUCGCGAGUCGGUGUCGGACCGUCAUCGAGGCGGUGCUUCAGCGGGCGGCCUCCCGGGUGGUCGUCGUAGGGGAGGUCGCCGAAACGGUGACGAAGGACCUGCAGGCGGCUGUGGUGAGGUCGCUGCCUGAGGUCGGAGAGGAGCGCGAGCACGACGAGCUGAUCGCCCGUGUCAUGAUAGAGAACCUCGCCUUCUGGGGGGACUGCAAUGUCGGAGGCCCGAAGCUCAAGGCUCGCGGCGUCGAUUUGCCUAUCGACCCCCAGAUGAAGAUUAACAUUCGGGACAGGGGGACGAGGGGGCAGCAGCACAAAGGGAAGCAGGUCGCCGACGCCUAG